AUGGCAAUACCCAGGACGAUAAAGGACAUCCAGAGUCUUACCGGGCGUGUCGCAGCCCUGACCAGAUUCAUCUCCAAGGCCACUGAUCGCUGCGCUCCCUUCUUCAAGGCACUUAAGGGUAACAAGCAGAGUAUUACCUGGACCGCUGAGUGCGACAAGGCUUUCAACGAGCUGAAGGAGUAUAUGAGCCGGGCCCCCUUAUUGUCAACACCUGAGCCUGGAGACACCCUCAUGAUCUAUCUCUCUGUCUCGGCUACAACGGUCAGUUCUGUGCUCAUCCAGACAAAGAACAGUGCUGAGUACCCAGUGCAUUACGUCAGCAAAGCGUUACAGGACGCUGAGGUUUUGUACCCGGACAUCGAGAAACUGGCAUUCGCCCUGGUGGUUUCGGCUCGGCGCCUCAGGCCAUACUUUCAGGCUCAUACCAUUCAUAUAUUAACCAAUCAACCACUCCAGCAAGUGUUGCAGAAGCCGGAGACUUCUGGGAGGCUAGUCAAGUGGGCCAUUGAACUUGGCGAAUUUGAUAUCCACUACAAACCCCGCCCAGCCACAAAGAGCCAAGUCGUGGCUGACUUUAUAUCUGAAUUCACCGAACCCCAUGCCGUGGCCAGUCCACAUAUUACAAUGGAGCCCACUCCUACCCUGAGCCAAGUCCACGUCCACAGCAAUGGCACCCUAGACUUGACUCAGACCUUAUGGACCUUGUAUGUGGAUGGCUCUUCCAACGCACAGGAAUGUGAAGCUGGCCUUGUGCUCAUCUCUCCGAACGAGGUUGUCCUUGAGUACGCCCUCUGCUUCAACUUCCACGCCUCCAACAAUGAGGCCGAAUACGAGGCACUCUUAGCUGGCCUUCGGUUAGCCAAGGAGAUGAGCGCCAGGCAAAUUCAAAUUUUCAGCGACUCACAGCUCGUUGUCCACCAAGUCAACCAGGACUUCACAGCCAAGGACGUGUCCAUGACAGCCUACCUCCAACAUACCCGUCAUUUGCUUACAACCUUCAAUGCUUAUCUCAUAAGCCAGGUGCUGCGCUCGGAGAAUAGCCAUGCCGAUGCCCUAGCGAGACUAGCCUCAGCCAUAGAGCAGGGUCUUGGCCGCAAUAUCCACAUGGAAAUCUUGGAUCAGCCAAGCACACGGACACCACUCAUCUGUGCCAUCGAUCACAGCCCAACAUGGAUGGACCCCAUCCUCCAAUUUUUGCAGAACCAGACGCUACCCGCUGACCCUACUGAAGCGCGGCGUGUUCGCUAUCGCUCCGCCCGAUACCUGAUCAUUAAUGGCGCCUUGUACAAACGCGGAUUCAGCUUACCCUACCUUUGGUGUUUGACCCCAGAGGAAGGUCACUAUGUUCUUCGGGAAAUCCACGAAGGCAUCUGUGGUAAUCAUUCAGGCGCCCGCUCACUAGCGCAUAAGGCCAUUAGGCAAGGGUACUUUUGGCCCUCACUUCACAUUAAUGCCCAAGCAUUCACCCAGAAGUGCGACAAGUGUCAACGAUUUGCCAAUAUCCCUAAACUCCCAGCUGAACCUUUAACAGCCAUGGUCAGUCGUUGGCCAUUCGCCCAGUGGGGACUCGACCUCAUUGGACCUAUGCCCGAGGGCAAGGGCCAGGUCAAGUACGCAGUCAUGGCCGUCAACUACUUCACUAAGUGGGUUGAAGCUGGGGCCCUAGCCACCAUCACUGCAGCUCGCAUUGAGGCGUACGUUUGGCAAACCCAUCCCCACUCUAAUGGCCAGGUCGAAGCCGUGAACAAAAUUAUCAAGAAGACCCUGAAGACCAAGCUUGACAAAGCCAAGGGUUGCUGGCCAGAGCUACUCCCAGAAGUUCUUUGGGCCUACCGCACCACCUUCCGUACCUCAACGGGAGAAACACCGUUCUCUCUUUCCUUUGGUACCGAAGCCGUGGCACUAGUGGAGAUUGGCCAGCCCACAUACCGAACCUCCAUUUAUGAGGCCGAGGCCAAUAACGAGCAGUUGGCCCUCAACCUCGACUUCAUUGACGAGCUUCGUGACCAGUCCAACAUGCGCAACGUCGCGUACAAACAGCGUAUUGCCAAGUACUACAACUUCAGAGUUAAACCCCGAGCUUUCACAACUGGGGACUGGGUCAUGCGCACGGUUUCCUUGGCCACUAAGAAUCCUAAUGAAGGUACCUUGGGCCCUACGUGGGAAGGUCCAUAUGAGAUCACCAAGGUUUGCCGUCCCAGGACUUAUCAGCUUCGGGAUCCCAAGGGCAAAACCUUGCCUCAUCCUUGGAACGCUGACCAUCUCAAAUACUACUACAAAUAA